UAUCUAUAUAACAUACAGCUACAAAUCGUGUUCACUCCGACUAGAGAUGGAGGCAAUGAAUUCGACAGAUAGGUUGAUGGACAACGCUACACAAAAGUCGAUGGACAACGCCACACAAAUGACCCAGUCCGUUCUACAGGACGGGUACGACCUGCCUGUAUACGGCCUGGACACGGGCUGGUUCCUUUAUAUCCACGUCCCUGCUCUUUGCUGUAUCUUUGUGAGCCUGCUCUGUGCCUCUGCUGUUCUCGUAGUUUCUUUUCGGAGCCAAACAAGACCUUUUUUCAGCUGGAUGAGAAGCGAACGUUUCGUAGUUUAUUUGUCGAUGUGCGACGUACUAUUCAAUAUAACCCAGAGCCUAGACCAUCUCCAGAUGGUCAUCACCAAAGAUCACGUGUAUCCGAUACAGUUGUGCGAGUUCUACUCCUUCUUCCUCGAGUUUAUUGCACCUGCCCAAUUUUUGGUGACUCAUGUAGCAGCUUUCAAUGCAUUUGGACUCGUUUUCCUACAGAAGAAGUUGGAAUUUGGAAAAUAUGACUGGAAACUUCUCGUGAUAAACUUUGGCGUGCCUUUCGUGUUGUCAGCCAGUGCUGCAUUAUCAGGAUAUUAUGGACCAAUGGGAUAUGGCUGUCAAUUCGACCCCAUCAAGGGAGACGUUGCCCAGAUUUUCUUUUCAACUGUUCCAAUGACUAUGGUUCUAGUCACAAACGUGGUACUAUACGUGCUGACAUGGUGGAAAAUCCACACGGAGUCGAAGCGAAUUAAAACCAUACACGAGAACGAGGCACAAACUCUCCUAGCAUCACACAAGGCAUCAAAACUGAUGAGUCUGUUUGUGACCGCUUUUUUCGUUCAGUGGUGGGCCCUGGGCAUCGUCAGCGUGUGGCACAACUUUGCAGUGGUCCCUCAGCAGUUCAUCACCGUUUUGGUAAUGUUCACCAACCUUGGAGGAGUGCUGAGAGGGGUUGUUUAUAUCAUCAUCAAAAGAAGGACGGAUCGCAAUUAUAUCAAUAAGCCCCUCAAAAGUUGCGGUCAGAUGUCCGCGGAUUCUGGAAUCAGUAACAGUACCACCAAUGUGUCCGUCAUAGACACCCAUAUCUAGUGUCCUCUGCGGUCAUCGAUAUACAUAUUUUAUCUGCAAGAAAGCUGACUAAUUUUGAAGAUUUUUUAAUCUCCUUGAGAAGAAGAGCUAUGUAUAAGGUUAUUGGAAAUUAAUCAAAUUCAAAUCUCAACAAUUCAUUAAAAUGUUAAGGUAGAUCUGAUGGAUAAUUUGCUAAUCAUCCUGCCUCUUUAUUUAUUGCAAGUUUUUGCCGAAAGUUUUAACAUACAUGUAUAGUUUAAAUAAAUAUUCCUAAUUUAUCUUUCGUCAAAUAAACUGAAUUCAUGUCAAACCGAAAGUGAUUAGUUAAAACUUAAUAUGGGUUAAUAUUUAUUUAAAUAUUGAAAUGUGAAAAUUAAAAUAUAAAAGUUUUAACGAUAGUUUAUUACUGUUAUGUAAUUAUUAUUGUAUAGAAAUAGAAUUUGACAGCACACAAUGUCAUAUGUUCUGUCCCCUCACUGACCAGAGGGUCACAACCUACAAUGAUAUGACAGUAUGAGAUAUAUUCAUGUUGUAACCUACUUUCUUUUUGAAAU